ACGAGAACCUUCGCUGAUGUCCUGAAGAGAUUUCCCUGCCUGAGUGAGGGGAGGAAGAACAUGCGGAGAUGGAGAGCGGCUGCAAAGGCAUCCUGACCGUGCUGGUGGUCCUGGCUGGGCUGGCAGCUUCUGGAUCCAGCUAUGAAAUCAUAGAAGGUCCCAAAAAUACAACGGUGCUGAAGGGCUCAGAGGCUCGCUUCAACUGCACUGUCUCGCCUGGCUGGAGGCUCAUCAUGUGGUCUCUGAAUGGUACUGUGGUUCUGAGCAUCACGCCCACGGAGCCCAUCAUCACCAAUGACCGCUUUACCAAUGCGAGUUAUGAAGAGGGCGGUAACUUCGUCUCUGAGAUGAUAAUCCAUGAUGUGCAACUCAGUGAUGCGGGGCAUAUCAAAUGCAGCCUCCAGAACAGUGACCGGGAUGCAUCUGCCUUUCUCUCGGUCAUAGUUAUGGGGGACUUGCUCAUUCCCAGUGGUGUUCUUGUAGUCACUGAGGAUGAACCUUGUAAUGUGACCUGCCAUGCACUGGGCUGGACCCCACUCCCAAAUAUUUCCUGGGAGAUCGGUGUUCCGGUGAGCCAUUCAAGCUACUAUUCCCUUCCGGAGCCCAACGACCUUCAGAGCGCAGUGAGCAUCCUGGCUCUCACGCCACAGGGCAAUGGGACUUUGACUUGUGUGGCUAAUGUGGAGGUGCUGCAGCUCCACAAGUCUGUAACUGUAAAUCUUACUGUGGUUCAGCCUUCCUUGGGCAGUGUUGAUAAAGCAGGUGCAUCAUUGCCCACCUGGGCCAUAGUUCUACUCGCAGUCUCAUUGUCAUUGCUUUUGAUCCUGAUAAUUGUUCUGAUUAUAAUAUUCUGCUGCUGUUGUGUCUCCGGGAGAGAGAAAAAAGAAUCUAGUUAUCAAAGUGAAAUAAGGAAAUCUGCGACCAUGAAGACCAACAAAGAAACUUCUGAGACAAAGUUAAAAAGUGGAAAUGAAAACUAUGGAUACAGUUCCGAUGAGCCAAGGACCACAAAGACUACUUCUGUCCCUCCAAAGUCCUCCGAAUCCAGUGUUCCAGAACAACACAGUAGGCAACCUCGUCAGGGAACUGAUGACCGUCAGCAGAGUCCAGCAAGUCGUUCACAGGUUUCCUUUAUCAUGGCCAGUCCUAGGAAGGUCAGGAAUGUGACUUUAGUAUAAUCUAGUCAUCCUUUGGGCUCCAUGUUGCACUUGGCUGAUCAAGACAAUGUCAUCAUUCCUCUCUGUCCCGAGGCUGGGCUCCUGCUUUGCCAGCGUUACCUGGAAGAAGCGAUAUUGGAAUCAUCAGAACAGAUAUUUUAUAGUGAAAGAAGGAAUCCAUUUUCCUGGCUUCCAGAGGAGAAUUUGACUUUUAAAAUGUUUCAAGAUUUCAGCGAAUUCUGCAAAGUGACUAAGUAAAAGCUGCCAAUCCAUCAUGAUAAUGUGUCUCAUCACUCAACACUCCUGUCUGCUAAUCCAAUAAAUGGUAGAUAAGUCUACAUCCUACCAUGACUUUUAAAAUGUUUUUAUAAUCUUAAAUCAUAUGAAGAUGAUAUUUAUGUUUGUUUAAUACGUGGGCAUUAUUGCAUGUUAUCAGUGGAAAAAGAGGAUAAAAAUUAAGAUCAAUCAGACACCUAAAAUUGCCUAGAAAAUCAGAACUCAUAGGUUAAAAAUAAGAUUAAAUUCUAGGGGUCAGCCCAGUGGGAUAGUGGUUGAGUUUUCGUGCUCCACUUCGGCGGCCCGGGGUUCAUGGGUUUGGAUCCCAGGCACGGACCUAUGCACCGCUCAUCAAGCCAUGCUGUGGCAGCGUCCCACAUAUAAAGUAGAGGAAGAUGGGCACGGAUGUUAGCCCAGGGCCAAUCUUCCUGAGGAAAAAGAGGAGGAUUGGCAGCAGAUGUUAGCUCAGGGAUAAUCUUCCUCACACAAAAAAAUAAGAUUAAAUUCUAAAGUUGAUGUAUACCUUGCAAAAUAUCUCAUUAUUGGAUAUUGACAUGAAAAUAUUCAUCUUUUUCUGCUCCCUUAUCAGCCUUGCUCUCACGUCCACAAAUGAGUUAGAUGUGGAUUAUGCUUUGUAGGAGAUGUCCCUCACCUACCACAAACGCCGUGAAAAAACUGGA